UAAUUAACAGGACAAUUAAACUGAGAUCCCGGGGUGCUAUUUACCGCCAAAAGCCACCGAGCAGGUACCCACCGUCAUGAUUACCAACGGCUAUGUUUCUGAACCUUGAACCCUCUCAACGAUGGCGUCAGCAACCCUUCUUGUUCAUAGUCGCUUCUUUGACUCCAAAAGUACUCCCCAAGACGUUUCGCGAAAGCACCUCAAAACGCCCAAAACUGAUUUAAUCAAUUCAAGGACAUCAAAAUUGACCUCUCUUCGUAAAAAUAAACUGAGAUCUUCGAAAACUGGGGAAAUUGAACCACGAGUUCUUGCUCUGACUCGGGCUCUUAUUGGGUUUAUUAAAUCUGGGUCGAUCGACAAUGCACUCAGUCUGUUUGAUGAAAUGGAUUAUCGGGAUUCUUAUAUAUGGAAUGUUUUGAUAAGAGGGUUUACGAAUAAUGGGUUGUUUGAAAAAGCUAUAGAGUUUUAUCGUAGAAUGGAUUUUGAAGGGUUUAGAGCUGAUAAUUUUACAUAUCCGUUUGUGGUUAAAUCAUGCGGCGGGUUGUUGUCUUUGAUUGAAGGAGAAAAGGUUCAUGCGAAGUUGAUCAAGUGUGGACUGGACUUGGAUGUCUAUGUGUGUAAUUCUCUUAUUGCUAUGUAUAUGAAGCUUGGGUUUGUAGAUUGCGCAGAAAAGGUGUUUGAUGAAAUGCCUAUGAAAGAUUUGGUUUCUUGGAAUUCUAUGAUUAGUGGGUAUCAUAGUGUUGGUGAUGGUUUAAGUGCUUUGAGUUGUUUUAAAGAAAUGCAAAAUUAUGGAAUGGAACAUGAUAGGUUUAGUGUGAUUAGUGGUGUUGGUGCGAGCUCUGUUGAGUAUUGUUUAAAAAGUGGCAAGGAAAUUCAUUGUCAUGUGAUUAAAAGUGGGCUUGAAACAGACAUUAUGGUUCAGACAUCACUUAUUGACAUGUAUGGCAAAUGUGGUGUGGUGGAUUAUGCCGAGAGGGUGUUUAAUAGGAUUAUUUUGAGGAAUAUUGCUGCUUCGAAUGCUAUGAUUGGUGCAUAUGUGCUAAAUGCUCGUUUUCUUCAGUUAUUUACUUGCUUGAAGAAUAUGCAAGAGGUCGAUACGUUGAAUCUGGACGCUAUUACAAUGAUUAACUUGCUUCCAUCUUGUUUGCAAUUGGGAGCUCUCUUGGAAGGUAAAUCUAUUCAUGGACAUGCCAUUAGGAAAGGGUUUCUCCCUCAUUUAGUUUUGGAAACUGCUUUAGUUGAUAUGUAUGGACAGUGUGGGGAGCUGAAAACAGCAGAAUUUAUAUUUGAAAGCAUGACAGAAAAGAGCUUGGCGACAUGGAAUGCCAUGAUUGCUGCUUACGUACAGAGUGGGCAGAACAUGGAAGCCUUGAAACUGUUUCAGGAACUAUGGAGUGAACCUCUUACCCCAGAUGCAAUUACAUUUGCAAGCAUCCUACCUGCCUAUGCUGAAAUCGCCACAUUGAAUGAGGGUAGGCAAAUCCAUGCUCUUGUUAUAAAAUUUGGACUUACUUCAAAUACAUAUAUCUCAAAUUCAAUGGUUUACAUGUAUGCGAAAUGCGGGGAAGUCCAAACUGCCAGAAUACUCUUUGAUGGCAUAUUGUGUAAGGAUGUGAUCUCAUGGAAUGUGAUCAUUAUGGCCUAUGCCAUUCAUGGGAUGGGGAAAAUCUCUAUCCAACUGUUUCAUGAGAUGCAGGAAAAGGAUAUUAAACCUGAUGCAAGUACUUUUGUUUCCCUGCUAGCAUCUUGCAGCAUUUCUGGUAUGGUGGAUGAGGGGUGGAAUUACUUUGACUCAAUGAAAAGAGAUUAUGGUAUUGAUCCCGGAAUUGAGCACUAUGGUUGUGUUAUUGAUCUUCUCGGUCGCACCAGGAAUAUUGAGCAAGCCAAGCGUUUCAUUGAAGAAAUGCCACUGGUCCCAACAGCCAGGAUAUGGGGUUCUUUAUUGACUGCUAGCAAAGUAAACAAUGACAUAGUCUCAGCUGAAUUUGCCGCUAGGCAUAUUGCUUCAUUGGAACAUGAUAACACUGGUUGCUAUGUCUUGCUCGCAAAUAUGUAUGCAGAAGCUAGGAGGUGGCAAGAUGUGCUGCGGAUUCGAAGUAUCAUGGAGAAUGAAGGACUUGAAAAAACAAUUAGCUGUAGUGUGGUUGAGGAAAACGGUAUAACUCACAGGUUUAUCAAUCACGACAGAUCACAUGAUGAAAUUUACAAGAUUUAUGAUGUGUUGGAUAUUCUAUCGAAGCAGAUAGGGGAAGACAUUUAUGCUGAUAGUCUAACUAAGUUCAGUCCACCAAAGUUGAUUAAGAAAAGAGCAAAAUCACCAGCGAAUCACAGUGUAAGAUUGGCCAUUUGUUUGGCUUUGAUCUCUACCACUAUUGGACAUCCUGUUCUUAUAAGAAACAACACUAGAAUAUGUGAAGCUUGCCAUAACGCUGCAAAAAAGAUGUCAAAAAUCACCAGAAGAGAGCUAAUAAUGCGGGAUCCCAAGCUCUUUCACCAUUUCAAAGAUGGGUAUUGCUCUUGUGGAGAUUACUGGUGACUGCAGAUCUUUCACCUACACACAAAAUAUGUUGUAGAAAAUCCUUGCAGACAGUUUUGUUAAUGCCCAAUGAGGCAUAAGAAUAGUUUGUACAUAUUACUCAAUCCAGACAUAUCUAUUCUGCAUGAAAUCAAAGUCUCAAAAAUAUAUCACUAUCAAAAUCAA